ACGAUAAACCAUUUUAACGCAUUUCAAAUCUAUCCAAAUAUUUGUUCUAAAUAAUUGCAAAAUGUAUUUUUGUUUCUAUUGUGUUUGUCUGUAUAAAUGUUGUAUAUAAGAAACAUAUGACAACUUCUCUUAAACUGUCCUGUACACUGUGGUAUGUAGAGUACUGCAAGGUCAUAAGUAUUUAAUUAUGUAUUUAAAACAUUAUAUUUCUUAGAGAGGAAAUGUGUAAUUUCCUUCUUAAAAAAAAAAACACGCUGUGGUUUGUUUAAAACAUAAAAAAACACAACACCCUAAGAAGCUCUGUCUCUACAAGGAAAUCGACAAGAGUGGUUGGUCACUAAAUCACCCUCCUUCUGUAUUUCAUUUCUGCAACAAACUCUCUCGCUGAACAAGAAAAGACAAUGACAACAGAGAUGCCAUAUGUGAAUGAAUCAACAACAUGGGACUAUGAUUAUUCGGAAGACCCCCCUGUUUCUCCACCAGUACAGGGAUGUUCUGAGGUUGGUUGCGUGACACUUGUGCUGGUCUAUGUGCUUAUCUUCGUGCUGGGGGUCUGUGGUAAUACAACAGUUAUCUGGAUCGCUGGUUUCAAAAUGAAGAAGACGGUGAACACCAUCUGUUACCUCAGCCUAGCCAUCUCUGACCUCUUGUUCUGUUCCUGUCUACCUUUCAACAUCGUCAACAUAGUACACAAGAAGUGGAUCUUUGGCCUUUUCAUGUGCAAGUUCGCCUCUUUCGUGAUGUUCGUAAACAUGUACAGCAGCAUCUUCCUCCUGGUCAUCAUCAGUGUUGACCGCUGUGUGUCGGUCGCGUUCCCAGUGUGGGGUCAGAACAACCGCACCCUCAAACGGGUGAUGAUAGCGGUGUUCCUAGCCUGGGUCAUUUCUAUCAUCAUCAGCGUACCUGGUCUCAUUGUUCGAGAUGUAAUCAUUGCACCAAUAGAACAAGUCUUAAUUUGUGUCAUAAGGUACGAUCUGCUCUCCAACAGCCACACAGCCAUCGUUGUGAAUCGUUUAGUCUUUGGAUUUGUGUUACCUAUAGUCAUUAUCAGCCUGUGCUAUUCAGUCAUUAUCAUCAAACUACAGACCAAUCGCAUGGCCAGGUCCUCAAAGCCCUUCAAGGUUAUGACGGCCCUCAUCGCCACUUUCUUCAUAAGCUGGCUGCCAUACCAUGUUUUCACUCUGACUGAAAUCAAGUUCAAACUACAGAUCGUUCAGCAAGGGUUGAGUGCUUCUGUGGCUCUGGCCAGUCUUAACAGUUGCCUGAACCCAUUUCUCUACGCUUUCAUGGGAAGAGACUUUAAGGACAAGUGCUGGAACUUCCUGUCCAGGAUUGAAAAUGCUUUCGAUGACGAGGGGAAAUCCGGAACCUCUAAAAGAACCUCUUCAUCGCAGGUGUAUUCCAAACAUUCUACAAAUGUCUGAUUCACAUCCAUGAAAAGAAGCAUUUGCAAUGAUUUCCGGUGAAGUUUUGUGGAGCUCUUAAAUAACUUGAAAGCAUUGCGCUGCUAGAAUGAUUGACAGCGACAAUUAAUAAAGUUAAAUCUAAAACAAUUAAGGCA